AUGGAAAAGGACGAUUCAUUUGAUGUUGGUAAUACCACAGUUGUAUCAAUCCCACGUAGUGAUUUAGACACAGGCUUACAAGAAGAAGUGGGAGGUGUUGUCACUAGUAAUGUUGGAUCAGACCAAAAAAUAUCAAAGCAUACUAAAGAAGAACAACAAGACGGUGGGAAAGUGGGGGAAGAGGGAAAUAUUAUUUUGAAUUCCGACUCCCAAACAACAACAAUACCCACCACCACUACUAAUAAGAAUACUGCAGAGAUAUCAACAACAACAACAGUGGCAGCAGCAACAACGCAAUCUCCAUCAAUUUCAUCUAUUUCUUCAUUGGAUAGUGACAGUUCUACUGGUAAACUUAUAAAAUCAUUUUCCAAGACCAAGCUUACGGAUAGUAACAAAGAAAAUCAGCAACCAUCAUCAACAACAUCCACCACCACUACAACCAAAAGUAUAGAUUCUGAUAGACCAGCACUAAUGGCUACAUCUACUGAAAACAGUGUCAAUACGUCAACCACGAAAAUCACCAAACUCCCACAAUCAGUUGCUUCUAAAACCAAUUUCUACAAUGAUUUGACUACCAAAAACACCAACAAUACUACCGCUACUACUCAACAACCACAACCACAAAAGAAAAAACCAAUUAAGUUUACAGUCAGAAAAGUCUCUCAUGAAGCUAUUAGUACGCCAUCGUCGCCAUCGCCAGAUGCAAUGACUCACGGACAUACUCGUAGUCACAGCAGGCACAGCAGUGGUGGAAGUAAUUAUCAUUACCAUCAUCAUAAAUCACCAGUACCAACCUCAACCAAUGGAACGUAUACAUCUACUAAACCAUACCAAUCAACAACAACGUCUUCAUCAACAUCACCACCAAUAGGAACUACAACUAACCCUUUAGUAGACCCACACGAGGUUGAGAACCGCAAGAAAUUAUCAGCAGCACAACAUAAAUACGAUCAAUACGAAGCCAGAAUAGUUAAAAUUGAUAAAGAAAUUCAAUUUUUAACCAACUUGUUACCACCGUAUAAUGUUGAUGUUGAUUACAAUACUCGAGUUAAGAUACAACGUGCAAUUGAGAAAUUAAAGGGUAAACAAGACGAAUUGGCGAGAAAAAAGUAUGGAUUGGGUAUAACUAUUAGUCGACUUUGGCGUGCUAGUGAAGGAAGUGAAAUAUGGGUUAGAAAAGUGGAUUGA